UAUUUAUAUUUAGAUGAAAAAAGUGCAAAGACUUUCAAAAGGAACCCCAAAAACAUGAUACUGCUGUCGGUGAUAGGAAUAACUAGCUUCCUGAUUUUGAUCACGAUGGUAACAACUAUAAUAUUUAAAAGUUACUGGAUAGAACAGAUAAACAAAAUGGCAGCAACAAGGUAUUUCAUGAACAUGACUGCCUGGAGCAUAUCAUAUGACGUCACAUCUAAUACGAACUAUCUCACUUCCCGGAUUUCUUCUUUGGAAGAAUUUGAUUUGGAAACAAAUGUGAAUAGUAACAAGUUACUCUUUGUUGUGUUUAUAUUUGGAGUAUCUGUGGCUGCUUUCUUCAUGGUGUAUUUCAUAUUAAUGAUGUACAUAAUAGGAAAAGACACAAAGAAAAGAAAUAUAAAGUGGGGAAAUAUUCUGAAACGUAAACCGGUUAAAUACCGCAACCUUGAGGAUGACGUUGCUCUUCACAUAUGACCAAAAGUUUUAAAGGACUGUAAUAUUUAAAACUUGUUUCACAUAAAGAUCUUAAAUUUGUAAUUUAUGAUAAAUGUAAUGUAAUGGGGUAGCAUUAUGUGAACCUAAUCAUUUUAUCUUCUUCCUAAGAUAGAAUACCGCUCUUAAAACAUAGAUAUAAAGAAUUUAAGCAUCUCUCUAUUGUUUCACUAUGACUUUUUUUUAGAAUAAUACAUAACAUGUUUGAUUCAA